AUGGCGCCGAAAGUGAGGUUUCUCAGAUCAAUAUUGUUUUUCGUCCGUAGAGCUGCCCUCUGGCGGGGGAGUCAUUCAUCACCUUCCCUGCAGGAAAGCAGACAUUCGAUCGAGCGUCCCUCCUUGGAUUAAAAUCAAAAACACCAUGAAACUGCUGUUCGUAAUAGUCAUGCAUGCCUUACUGGCCCUGGAAUAUGAGGCCUUGGAUGAAUUUAACAAUGAUGGAGAUCCCUUCUUGGACAUUGACUUAAAAAAGCAUCUCAAACUAGAAAAUGAUCCGUGUGAGACAACGGCGUGCGGCAGAGGACGAGAAUGUGAAGUGAAUGAGUUGGGUGAGGCAGUGUGCAUUUGUCAGAGGAUGUGCAAAAAGAGAAGAAAGAAGCCUGUGUGCGGAACUGACGGACAUUACUACAUCAACCAUUGUGAGCUACACAGGGCAGCCUGCAUAUCAGGAAGGAGUGUCCUCAUCGACCACAAAGACUCAUGCCUCAAGAAGAAACGGAAGAAUUCCAAACCGACAAAGCCAGCAUUUUAUUACGAAGAGGAAAAGAAAGAGAUGCCAUCUUGGCGAAAUUUACCACCUUAUGAACUGAAAACUGUCUCCCCAGCAGAAGAGGGCGAACCCACUCAGCGAGAAUGUACACACGAAGAAUACGAUUUUAUGAAAGAGAACCUCCUACUCUACAAUAACGCCAAACUCAUGGACAGCAAAAAAUCAGGCAAUGAAUAUUUGGUGAGCAUAAUGUUUUCCCACUAUGACCAGAACAACAACGGUCAGCUGGAAGCAGAGGAACUGUGGCAAGCUGCAGAGAGAGAUCAUUUGGGGCAGUUGUCCACCUCUUGCAUACUGGCCGACAUGUUACUCUUUGAUGAUGUCGAUAAGGAUGGCCGGCUCAACAUAAAUGAGUUUUACCUGGCUUUUAGUGUGUCUGUGGUUUCUCUGGAUAAAGCUCUGGAGGUAAAUCACGUGACAGCCAGAGUGGGGGAUAACGUGGAAGUGAAGUGUGACGUCACGGGAACUCCACCGCCUCCAAUUAUUUGGAGACGAAAUGACAUGGAUCUAUCAGUGCUUAACGACGAGGAGAUAAAAGUAUUUGUGGACGGUUCCCUCUACUNGAAAAACAAUAAACUGCCUCAAACUGGGGGAGUUCUUACCGCAGACAAACUACAUUUACUUCUUAUAUUGAUGCUCUCUGUUUUAGCUCUACCAGAAGUACAUGUCGUACCAAAACUUCAGUCGAGGGCUCCCGGUGAAUUGGCAGAAAUGGAGUGUCACGUGAUUGGAGUCCCUCAACCCAGAGUGUACUGGCUGAAGAAUGAUGAGGAAUUAAAAAUGGGUUCCGAGAAGUACACCAUCAUCGGCAACAGUACGGCAUUGGUUGUUGGAAAGAUCACUUACAGUGACACGGGUGCUUACAUGUGUGUUGCCAGCAAUCCUGCAGGAGUAUCCAGAGACAUUAGCUCUUUAGUUGUACAGGAUCAACCGACGACAACCAUGCCCCACACAGCGGGGCACAGGUUCUUUGCCUUCCAUGACUGGGGAGUAUCUGUGUAUGAGCCGGACAAUUGCCGACUCUACCACCAGAUUCAAAGCACUGAUGUCAUACCGGGUACCCAAGAAUAUGUAUGUGGUGACCGCGGUCUGAAUUGUUCGUGGGGAGCGGCUAUCAAUGUUGCUGACAGAUACGUAUACGCAUCUCAACCCAACAAAGACAGAAUACUUAUUAUAUCCAAGAUACAGAUGGUAGUGGUCGACGUGUUCUAUGGGAUCGAAGUGAGUGCUUACGGUGAGGAUUUGGCUGGCUAUAUCAUCUGCUCUCUAAUUCGUCCCAAAGGUGUUCUAUGGGAUCAAA